AUGCUGUUUCAUUUCCAGGAGGUCGAUGUGGCAGCACUGGUGGGCUCGACACAAGCGUACCUCUCCGAUGCAAAGGAUGGAGCGGCGACUGCCACGAAGUACGACCAAGAACAGGAACAGGUGGCAGACAUGGGAGCCCAAAUGAGUGGUGCAGCUUUCAACGUGCCAUCUGCCAACACGCGUUUGGCAUAUGUGGACCCUUCCCGCCCCGCGGACCCGGAGAACCGGACGUUGCUGGCGCCUGCGGGCGCUCAACGGCCGCAGCUGGUCCGGUGGACGGGACGUAGUUUGCAGCUGCAGGGCCCUGCGGCGCUGAUGCAAGCCACGUUAGCCACCUUGAAGUACACCGCGGACGAACGCGCGGGCGGCUGGGACACGGUCCAGGUGUCCAUUGGAACAGACGGUCAGCGGGGCGAUGUUCCGCUGUACAUCGUGCGCAAAGCAGGUGAUGUGUUGUUGAAAGGCGCCCCGUUGCAGACCUUGAUCGCGGGGCAGUUCCUAAAGCCCAACGUGACCUUCGAAUCUGGUUCCUUGGUGCGUCCCGCGGAUCGCUUCAACGCCUGGGUCACCUGCAACUCCUGCGGCUUCGCGCUUUGGGCCUUCGCGGGGGAGAUGGAGGUGAUCGACUAUGGGAGCCUGGAGUUCUCAGGGAACAGCUCAGGGCUACAGAAUUUCCUUCGAGACUUGACCUACGUUCCCCUGGAAGGCUUCAUCGGCACGGACCGGCUGCAACUCUUCGUGCAGGGCCUGCGUCCACAGGCAGCGGCUGCAGCCACAGAGCCUCCACGUGCGGAGCUGGGGAUGGCCAUCCAGGUUCAAUUGCAGGAAGUAGUGGUACCUCCAGCCACCCUCACCAUGCCUGAGAGGCUGAACGUCUUUGAAGACAGUGUCACGGAUCUCCGCAUCAACAUCCAUGACAUGCGUCCCGUGAGCCCCUCUGGCAUCCCCCUCGCGUCGGCGGAAACGGCCAACGAUGGAAGCUCCAGACCGUGCGUGCGAGCGGAUGGGCCCUAUACCUG